AAUCUAGAGAGAAACUUUCCUUUCACGUACUCAUUUCACGUGGUCUCUACAGAGCCGAAGAGUUUUUGAAUACUUAAAAGAAGGUUAAGUCUGUGUCAUGUAUUGAUUAUCGAACGAAUAUUAAUUCUCUGAGAGCAUCGGACAUUUAUUAUAGAGUAAUUUCUAAAUAAAAAAUGACGACCAAGAAAGUUAAAGUAGCGACAAAAGGAGCAAAACAAAUUGUGGAGGAGAAUAGGACAACAUUAAACUUUUAUCGGAACAUGAUUGUUGGAGCAUUAGGAAUAUACUUUGUCACUACAAUGUUAUUUUUUGCUUUGACAACAUUGUCAAUAACAUUAACAAUAUUUUCUGGAAUUGUAUACAUAGGAAGUUAUCAAUUUAUGAAAUACAUAGCACAAGCUUCAUAUACAGAAUCAGGACAGCUAUCGGAUUCUGGAAUCGAUCUUAAUAUGGAAGGAGGUAUAGCAGAACAUGUAAAAGAUUUAAUCAUAUUAACAUCAGGAGUACAAGUACUUUCCCUCAUAUCAAAUUAUUUUUGGCUGUUGUGGUUCCUUGUACCACUAAGAGGAGGUUGGAUGCUAUGGAAACAAAUAUUAGCUCCAUGGUUCUUUGCUCCAGCUCCCGAACAACCUGAGAUGAGCGAGAAGAAACAACGGAAAUUGGACAAACGGAUGGCCAGACGGCAUUAAAAUUUUCUUUAGAAAUUCGCUUUUUAAAAUACACAUUUGAAAAUUUGACGGGAGCGGGUUAAGCUUGAGCAAAAUUAUGAAACAAAACCGUCUUUGUUUCAGCCUGCGUUGUUGUAUACACAUUUAUUUUCUUUUUAUGCGUAUGAAAAGACUAUUGCCUUUUAUACAAACUUUUAUACAACUUAUAAAAUCAAUUUCAUAGAAAUUGAACGUUCAUGAAUGCUAUCACCAUUCAUUUCGGCAACUGUCUUUUCGGUGUUCGAGAAAGAAACUUUAUAAUGAAAAGAUUAAUAUAAAAAUAAAUUUUAUAAUUUAUAA